GCAGCAAUUAAAAAAGGGAGGGGGCCAAGGGGGGAUCAGUCAUCAGGAUAGUGGGACUUGCAGCCUGGGCAGCUCAAAGCUCCAAAAAUGUGUGCUGCCUCUGCGAUUGCAAAAUUAAAGCCAGCCACCACCAGGAGCAACAGAUCCGCAGCAGCCCACCCAUCUCUGGGGCUCCUUGUAUUUCCCAACUAAAUGCCUGGAGUUCAGACUGGUUUCUGCAGCUGGGUGCUUCCCUGGAAGCUGCCCCCAUAGAGACACUCCAGUUCCCAAGCUGAGCAGGAGGAAGAUGGACCCGUUGCUCUGGCUAUGGAUCGCAGCUUUCCUGGGGCUGAGCCAGGGCUGCCCGGAGCCCUGCUCCUGUGUGGACAAAUACGCCCUUCAGUUCGCAGACUGCGCUUACAAAGAUCUGCAGGCGGUCCCCGUGGGGCUGCCCUCCAACGUGACCACCCUCAGCCUGUCCGCCAACAAGAUCACCUCCCUGCAGAAGAGCUCCUUCGUGGAGGUCACCCAGGUCACCUCGCUGUGGCUGGCUCACAACGAGAUCAGCGCCAUCGAGCAGGGCACCUUCGCCAUCCUGGUGCAGCUGAAGAACCUGGACAUCAGCCACAACCAGAUCGUAGACUUCCCCUGGGGGGAUCUGUACAACCUCAGCGCCCUGCAGCUGCUCAAGAUGAACAACAACCACAUGGUGAAGCUGCCCUGGGAGGCCUUCCACACCCUGAAAGACCUGAGGUCCCUGCGCAUCAACAACAACAAAUUCACCACCAUCGCCGAGGGCACUUUCGAUUCGCUGACUUCCCUGUCUCACUUGCAGAUCUACAACAACCCCUUCAACUGCACCUGCAGGCUUCUGUGGCUGAAGAGCUGGGCUGAGAACACCCUGAUCUCCAUCCCCGAGAAGGACUCCAUCAGCUGUGCAGCCCCGGACAGCCUCCGAGGAGUCCCACUGGGGAGAAUCCCAGACCUGCAGUGCGUGCCUCCCUCCGUACAGCUGACCUACCAUCCCAACUUGGACAACACCGAGCUCUACGACGGCUUCAUGCUCCUGCUGCACUGCAGCGCCAGGGGAAGCCCCCAGCCGGAGGUCAGCUGGAAGGUGCAAACUGCCAGCCAAGCCCUGGAGAUAAAGGGGCCCGGCGUGGACAGGGCUGGGAAUGAGCUACCUGUUGGCAGCUCCAAGCAGAGUGCAGAGCGCUUCGUGGUCUACGGGAACGGCACCCUGGUCAUCCCCCACCUGAGCAAGCGAGAGGAAGGGACCUACACCUGCUUGGCCACCAAUGAGGUGGGCAGCAACCAGACCUCGGUCAACGUGGCUGUGGCCGGUGCCCAGAAAUACCCCGCCCGCCCCAUGGAGGAUCCCCUGGCAGGCAAAGCGCAGCCGGGGGAGAGGAAGCCGGGCCCCAAGGGCUCCAAGAACAGCGUCCUCAGCCCCGAAGAGAGGCCCAAACCCCUCAGCCCCACCCGGCACAGCUCCCACUCGCCGGGGCUGGAGCAAGUCCCCUCCAAGCGGCCCCCUUUCGAGAAGAAUUGCGGCUCCAGCGUGGACACCCAGUACGUCUCCAACCAUGCCUUCAACCAGAGUGGCCAGCUGAAGCAGCACACCUUCGACCUGGGCAUCAUCGCGCUGGAUGUGUCGGAGAACGAGGCCAAGGUGCAGCUCACCCCCUUCUACGGACAACCGGAAAAAGCCCACCUGCGGGCGCUCUACCUGUGCGCGGAGAGCGGCCACGGCCACUCCAUGGUGCAGUGGUCCAGGAUCGAGGAAGGUGUGAACUCCUACUGGUUCCAGGGCUUGACCCCUGGCACCAACUACUCGGUCUGCCUGACUUACCUGGGGGAGGAUUGCCAGGUGCAAGUGGUCUUCACCACCAAGAAGGAGAUCCCCUCCCUCAUCAUCAUCGUGGUGGUCAGCAUCUUCUUGCUGGCCCUGGCUACCAUCCCCUUGCUGGGGGCCACCUGCUGCCACUUGCUCGCCAAGUAUCAGGGCAAAACCUACAAACUCAUCAUGAAGGCCCAGAAUCCAGACCAGAUGGAGAAGCACAUGGCAGCCGACUUUGACCCGCGGGCCUCUUACCUGGAGUCAGAGAAGAACUACAACCCAAGUGAGGUGAGGGAAGGUGAGGCAGAGCGGGAAGCAGAGGGGGAGAGGGAGCUGGAGCGAGACGAGAGCCUGGUGGCCGAAUCCAUCGCCGAGUCCCAAUCCAAAAUCAACCCAAAGGAGUUUGAGGUGGGGUCCGAAUACAGCGACAGGCUGCCCCUCGGGGCCGAGGCUGUGAACAUCUCCCAAGAGAUCAAUGGGAACUACAGGCAGCCAGCUCACUGAUCCGACCUCUGGCCACCCCGCAGCCAUCGCCCCAACCUGUAUAUUGUAUAAUACAGUAAGAUACAAACUCGAGGGGGGACCUGAGCCAUUCACUGGUUGAUCAGCUACAUCCUUCCAAAGACAUUUCUGCCAACAGCCCAGUGUGAGGGGAAACCCAACAGAAUUCAGAUCCCAACCCGUUUUUCUGGCCUCACUAAGUACUUCAGGGUGGGGUCGAUUUUUUUAAACAAAAUAAGUGGCAUGAAUAGACCUUAAAAAAAGUAUUUAACACACUAUUUGAAGUACAAAGUUUAAAAAAAAUAACUCCACCAUCUGCUCCCAACAUAUUAAUCCUAAACGUA